AUGGCGUCACUCCGUUGUGGAACCGUCCUCUGCGUAGUCUGCUUGGAGAAGCCCAAGUACCACUGCGCGGCCUGCCGCGGCCCCUACUGUUCCGUGACCUGCUUUGGGAAGCACAAAGAACAGUGCAACCCUGAAACUCACCCCACAAGGCAAAAAAGAAAUUCGUCCUUUCCUACAAAAACCACAAAGCCUGUGGCAAACCAAGACGAUGAGUCAUUGGUAGCCGGUUUUCUCAAUAGUGAUGAGGAGGAGGACAGAGUUUCCCUGCAGAAUUUAAAGAAUCUGGGGGACUCCACGCCACUGAGGAGCUUACUGCUGAACCUGCACCUACGACAGUUGAUGGUCAGCCUUGACCAGGGAGACGACAAAGCAAAGCUCAUGAGAGAGCUUAUAUGCAAGAGCCCUUGUUUGUGGAGUUCGCAGACUGCUGUUUAAGGGCCGUGGAACCGGCCCGCAUGAGGAUUAA